UUCCGGCUUGGUGACGUCCCAAAUCCUGUUUUGUGUAAAUACUGCUGUGUGAGAGGAAAGGAAAGUGAAACUGAUCAUUCAGGGGAAACUCUGAGAGACAGUGUGCGCCACACUGCUGAGAGACUCCGAGACCCAUAAGUACCAUGGCAGCUUCCGAAAGUGAGCACACAGAACAAGUAAAGAAGUACAAGACCUGGCUGCUUUCUCCUAAACUGUUGGGAUGUUUUGUGCUUGUGGCAGCUUUUGGGAUUCACAUUUUGAAGCAACAGAGCAGCUCUUCAAGUGAGCAAGUAACAGAAUUCAACAAUGACCUUCGGAUCCUGCUGAUUGGAAAGACCGGUGUUGGCAAGAGCGCAACAGGAAACACCAUCCUUGGAAAAAAGGCUUUUGAAUCUGAGACCUCAUCUUCAUCUGUAACCACAAUGUGCAAGAAAGUCCAUGGAAGUGUAUAUGGUAGAAAAGUGUCUGUUAUUGACUCUCCAGGACUGUUUGACACUCAGUUAUCUGCAGACGAGGUGGUCAGUCGGAUUAAGCUGUGCAUUCCAUUCUCUGCCCCAGGACCUCAUGUCUUUUUAGUUGUGAUUCAAAUAGGUAGAUUUACAGAUGAAGAAGAAAAAACAGUUAAGCUUUUUCAAGAAAUUUUUGGGGAAAAGUCCUCCAGUUACACCAUGGCUCUCUUCACUCAUGGAGAUCGACUAAAGGGGAAAAAUAUUCAUCAGUUUGUACGCAACAAUUCAGAUCUUUUGAGUUUCAUCAAGAAAUGCAAAGGUGGAUACCAUGUGUUCAAUAAUGAAGAUCAGAAUCCAGAACAAGUCAUCCAGCUCCUGGACCAGAUUGAUAAAAUGGUCACUGUAAAUGGUGGAGAUUAUUACACUACAGAGAUGCUUCAGGAGGCAGAGAGAGCGAUAGAAGCAGAGAAACGGCGGAAUGACCUUCGGAUCUUGCUGAUUGGAAAGACCGGUGUUGGCAAGAGCGCAACAGGAAACACCAUCCUUGGAAAAAAGGCUUUUAAAUCUGAGACCUCAUCUUCAUCUGUAACCACAAUGUGCGAUAAAGUCCAUGGAAGUGUAUAUGGUAGAAAAGUGUCUGUUAUUGACUCUCCAGGACUGUUUGACACUCAGUUAUCUGCAGACGAGGUGGUCACUCGGAUUAAGCUGUGCAUUCCAUUCUCUGCCCCAGGACCUCAUGUCUUUUUAGUUGUGAUUAAAAUAGACAGAUUUACAGAGGAAGAAGAAAAAACAGUUAAGCUUUUUCAAGCAAUUUUUGGGGAAAAGUCGAUCAGUUAUACCAUGGCUCUCUUCACUCAUGGAGCUCGACUAAAGGGGAAAAAUAUUCAUCAGUUUGUACGCAACAAUACACAACUUUUAAAUUUCAUCAAGAAAUGCAGAGGCGGAUACCAUGUGUUCGAUAAUGAAGAUCAGAAUCCAGAACAAGUCAUCCAGCUCCUGGACCAGAUUGAUAAGAUGGUGACUGUAAAUGGUGGAGAAUAUUACACUACAGAGAUGCUUCAGGAGGCAGAGAGAGAGAUAGAAGCAGAGAAACAGCAGCUUCGGAUCUUGCUGAUCGGAAAGACCGGUGUGGGCAAGAGCGCAACAGGAAACACCAUCCUUGGAAAAAAGGCUUUUGAAUCUGAGCUCUCUUCUUCCUCUGUAACUACAGUGUGUAAAAAAGAUGAUGGACGUGUAUAUGGUAGAAAAGUGUCUGUUAUUGACUCUCCAGGACUGUUUGACACUCAGUUAUCUGAAGAUGAGGUGGUCAGUCGGAUUAAGCUGUGCAUUCCAUUCUCUGCCCCAGGACCUCAUGUCUUUUUAGUUGUGAUUCAAAUAGGUAGAUUUACAGAUGAAGAAGAAAAAACAGUUAAGAUAUUUCAAGCAAUUUUUGGGGAAAAGUCCUCCAGUUACACCAUGGCUCUCUUCACUCAUGGAGAUCGACUAAAGGGGAAAGAUAUUCAUCAGUUUGUACGCAACAAUACAAAACUUUUAAAUUUCAUCAAGAAAUGCAAAGCCGGAUACCAUGUGUUCAAUAAUGAAGAUCAGAAUCCAGAACAAGUCAUCCAGCUCCUGGACCAGAUUGAUAAGAUGGUGACUGUAAAUGGUGGAGAUUAUUACACUACAGAGAUGCUUCAGGAGGCAGAGAGAGCGAUAGAAGCAGAGAAACAGCGGAUCCUGAAAGAGAAUGAAGCACAGAGACUGAAGGAGAUAGAAGACCUGAGGGCGAAGUUUGAAGGAGAAGACUUUGAGAGAAAAAAAAAGAAAGCUCAGGAGGAACAUGAGAGACAGGCAAGAUGGUAUGCUGAGAGAAGCACCUCAGUGUUUGGAAUGAUAGGCAAUUUUUUAAAUGCAGUUUACACAAAGAUUAGUAACCUGUUUUAAGCAACAUGAUCAGAUUUGCUUUUAAAGUAAUAAUAUAGUCUCAGAUCUACUUUGACUGUGUUACUUUUUGAUGUAACGAUGCUAAAAAUGAUGUGUGAAAAUUAGUGUGAUUACAAAUCCACAAUUAAGUGGAUAACACGGUGUAUUCCAAGUAUUCCAUGGUGAAGGAAUCAUUUUCAUGAAAUAGAAAUAUAAGCCAUUUUUUAAAGCAGUCUAUAAGCCAGCAUGGGCAGCCAUAACAGAUGAAGAGCUGUGAUGCAGGCUGAAACAUUAACUAUAAUACUGAUUUGCUGAUAUGAACUUUUCUCUGUCUUUUCCUCGUAUUGACACUGUUGUAAAAACAGUAUCUUCUGGAUGACUUUAAUUCAUAAUAAAGACUUUUAAGGGACUUGAUGAAAAUGCUUAUAAAAAGCUGAUUGUAUUUUGAAUAUCUAUAAACUCCUUCAGCAGGACAAAAAAGUCACGUUCAGCUUUUAUGUGAAAUCAUCUAUUGUGUAUUUCUUUUUUUUCCUUUUCUUUAACUAUUGUGACGUUUAACUAAAACUAACCUAACUAGGGUUCCUUUAUCUUUCCGUCUUUCAUGUAGACACUUGCAUGUGAGGUCCUUCUCAAACGCAAGCUGAAUGAGCUGGGCCUUAUGGGUGUGGCGCAUAGAACAUCUUGUGGUCUGUGAAUACAUUCCUCCAAACUGGAAAUGAAUUUUCACACAUGGUUGAAGCAGCAAGUGUUAAGCAGGUCUUCAAAGCCAUCAGUACACUUGGCAUUGUUUCAAAUGUUUUGUGGUACUUUGAAAGAUGUUUUUGUGUUUUCCUCCUUUUUUAAAUUUGUAUAGAAAUUAGCAACAAUACACUCUGUCUCAACAAUGGUUGAUUUGCUGGAGUAACUUCAGAUUCAAAAAGGGAUCGCUCUCUGGAUUCAAAGCAAUCAGCGAUUGUGCAAGUUGUGUGUUACACAAAAAUGUCACAUUCAGCUUUUAUGUGAAAUCAUCUAUUGUGUAUUUCUAUUUUUUUUUUUCUUUAACUAUUAUUACCUUUAUGUGAGUGUUUUUUGGGUGCAUAUACAAAAAAAAGUGCUGGGGAUAAAAAAAACUGAGGGACUGUUUUCUUCCUUUGUUAGUUUGUUAGUAAAGCAUGCAUUAGAGAUGUAACCAAAUAUGAAAACAUUAUUCAGAAUGAACAGAUAAUGUGUUCUAAAAGGGUACAAAUACAGAUACAAAAUAUGAGGUGCUCUGUCAAUGUAACGUUUCCAGGAAUGCUGAUGCAAGUAUAGAUUUUCUUCAUUAGAAUAUACACUAAUAAAUCAAACUAUAGCAGGGAAAGAAACAAAUCUAUCAAAAUAACAAUAAAGGAAUAGAUUAAGGCAAGUCAAAGAAACACAGGAAGUGAUUACAGAUGACACAAGAAGAAAGUAAAAAAUGUGACUGAGGGUACACUCUGGUGGUCUGGGGAUGGUGGAAUUGUCUAUGCUGAAGAUAAUCGUUGCCGAAGUAGACUGAAUGGAGUUUGUUUAUGCACAUACUAGAACGUCCAGAUAGUGCGGUCUUACAAUAGUCAAGCCUAGAAACUAUUAACUAUGAACUAUUUUUUUUCUGCAUCAUGUAACAGUAUAUUGCUUAGCUUAGUAAUAUUUCUGAGAUGAAAAAUGCUAUCCUACUAACAUUAUCCCCUUGAGUUUCAAAGGUGUAACUGAAGUCAAUAAUCACACCAAGGUUUUUCACUGCUGCACAUAGUGUAACUAAAAGGCCAUCAAGAGUUACUACAUAAUCAGAAAGCGUAAUUAGUGUUGCCCGUGUCCCUAGUACAGGGGUGGGCAAACUUUUUGUCUCUCGGGCCCCAUCAAUGUAUUGACACUCAAUUACUACUGUACUGUAAGUAUACAUGGACAUGCAGUUCUGCCUUCUUUUUUAUUUAUUAUUAUUAUUAUUAUUAUUAUUAUUAUUAUUAUUAUUAUUAUUAUUUACAAUUGUACAUUUCUAUAACACCUCAAACAGAGUUUUCUGCAUCUCUACCCUUGUGCAUAUCACUGGAUAUAUGUAGAAAUAUUACAACAAAUGUGUAAUAAACAGUUCUGAAACAUU